GGUCAAGUAGCGUCUUGUUCCUCAGCGACUCGAUCGAACCCAAUUGACCUGCUCUGGUCACCCUUCCCUUCUCAUCUCUCUCGAUCGAGAAACCUUUGCGCACUUUCCGCGACUUGCGAUCUGUCGGAGCCGGCUACAUGUUGCAGUCGGCGCAGGCUUGGUUCCAGGGGGGACCGAGCGGGAGCGGCGGAGAGCUGCAGAACACCUCGCCGUCCCUCCUCGCGGAUUGGAAUUCUUACGCCGCGUCUAGGUCGGCCGAAGAUGAUGGCGCCUCUUCAUUCGGGUUUGAUAUCGAGGCCGCCGUCCGUACCGCCAACGAUAAGGUCACUGGAACCUUCAACGUGGUUUCUAAAGGAGUCAGGGAGUUGCCUGGGAAUUUCCAGAAUGCUACUAGUAAUGUGCCUUCUGGAAAAUCCCUUGUGUACUUCGCCAUGUUCCUUGCCAGUGGCCUGUUCUUUGUUUUCAUUGCUUUUACCAUGUUCCUUCCAGUGAUGGUCCUGAUGCCUCAAAAAUUUGCUCUUUGUUUUACUUUCGGCUGUGCUUUGAUCAUUGGAUCAUUCUUUGCACUCAGGGGUCCUAAGAACCAGCUUUCUCACAUGUGUUCCAAGGAGAGGUUGCCCUUCACAGCGCUAUUCAUUGGUAGCAUGGUGGGUACAAUCUAUGUUUCCAUGGUGCUUCAUAGCUACAUUCUCUCAGUCCUGUUCUCUGUGAUUCAGGUUCUUGCACUCACUUAUUACUCAAUAUCCUAUUUCCCUGGAGGAUCUACUGGUUUGAAGUUUUUGUCUUCAACUUUAACAUCCUCCCUUCUUAAAUGCUUUGGAAGAUGACGUCGAUAUGUAAACUCAGUCCUGUUUCUAAGCUUGUUACAUCUAGCCGUGUUUUUCGUACUUUAGUCACUUUGAGAAGGGUUCCAGUAACUAAGCCGAUAUUUGUAGAAUAUCCAUAUUUUGUGGGUGCCUCUGUGUUUACUUCUCCAAACAAAAUAAUGAAACCUCAUUAUCAGAAUGGAAAAAUAUGAUUUCGGUUUUGGACUCA